AGCUUUAAUUUUUUUUUUCUUAAAAAAAAUUAUCUUUUAGAUUCCAUCGAUUUCGGAAUUGGGAUCGCCAUUUUUGUGGGUGACUUUACUUCCUGCUUUCUCUCCUUCACUCUCUCCUCACAGAAGAGAGAGAAAGAAAGAGAGAGAGAGGUCGAAAAUGGCGGAGCUGAGGAGCGAGAGUGAGAGCAGGAGGCAUGAACAGAGGCGAGUUGGACUGUUAUACGACCAGAGGAUGUGUAAGCAUCACACGCCUGACGGUGAAUACCAUCCCGAAAACCCUAAUCGCGUCAGAGCCAUUUGGAAGAAGCUUCACAGCGCUGGUGUGCCUCAAAGGUGUGUUCUUUUGGAUGCCAAAGAGGCUGAAGAUAAACAUAUUCUGCUAGUUCACUCCCAAGAUCAUGUGCAGUUGAUUAAGAAUAUAAGUUCCAAACAGUUUGAUUCACAAAGAGCCAAGAUUGCAUCGAAAUAUGAUUCCAUAUAUUUCAACCAAGGAUCAUCUGAAGCUGCUUAUCUUGCUGCGGGGUCUGUAAUGGAGGUUACUGAAAAAGUUGCCAAAGGAGAAUUGGAUUCUGCUGUUGCUAUUGUCAGACCUCCCGGGCAUCACGCUGAGAGAGAUGAACCGAUGGGUUUUUGUCUAUACAACAAUGUGGCUGUUGCAGCAAGUUUCCUGCUUCCGGAACUGGGUGUUAAGAAAAUUUUGAUCGUCGAUUGGGAUGUCCAUCAUGGUAAUGCUACUCAAAAGAUGUUCUGGGACGAUCCUCAUGUUUUGUUUUUCUCUGUUCAUAGGCACGAGUUUGGGAGUUUUUAUCCGGCUACUGAUGAUGGGUUUUAUACAAUGGUUGGUGAAGGACCGGGUGCAGGAUAUAAUAUAAAUGUCCCUUGGGAGAAUGCUCAGUGUGGGGAUGCUGAUUAUCUUGCAGUUUGGGACCAUAUUUUGGUUCCUGUUGCCAAAGAAUUUAGCCCUGACAUCAUUAUAGUCUCUGCUGGAUUUGAUGCAGCUAUCAACGAUCCCCUAGGAGGUUGUCGUGUCACGCCAUAUGGAUACUCAGUUAUGCUUAAGAAGUUGAUGGAUUUUGCCCAUGGAAAAAUUGUACUAGCUUUGGAAGGAGGAUACAAUCUUGAGUCUAUAACAAAUUCAAUGCUUGCUUGUGUUGAAGUGCUGCUAGAAGAUAAGCCAAUUCUUGGAUCUUCAGGGGCAUAUCCAUUUGAAUCUACAUGGCGUGUAAUACAAGCGGUUCGCAAGGAAUUAAGUGCUUUCUGGCCAACUCUUGCCGAGGGACUGCCAGAGAAAUUACUCGAUCAAAAAGCACCCACAAUUCCUCAUGUUCUAAUCUCAAGCUCCGAUUCUGAUGUGGAGGAUAAUGAACGCCCGAAUGGUGUAUCAGAAAAUUAUGAAGAGAUUUUUCAGGAUGUUAUAGAACCCCUUUCGAAAUUGAAAGUUAAUGAAGGUCAAGUGGAUAGCAAUACUAACGCCUGGAGAUCAGAGCUUUCCAAAAUUGAUGUCUGGUAUGCCUCUUUUGGAUCGAAUAUGUGGCAACCAAGAUUCCUGUGCUAUAUUCAAGGUGGACAGGUGGAAGGUAUGCAAAAGGCAUGUUCUGGCUCAGAAGAUAAAACGCCGCCAAAGGAAAUGACGGGGAAGUCUUUCCCUCAUCGGUUAUUCUUUGGCCGUGAAUUUACACAAACAUGGGGUGCUGGCGCGGUAGCUUUUCUCAAUCCUGAAACUAACAACCAAGAAAAAGUUUACAUGUGCCUGUACAGAAUUACACUUGAGCAGUUCAACGAUGUUCUGCUUCAGGAGAAUACUCGAAGUGCUGCGAUCAGUUCUCCUUUUGAUCUGACUGCUUUAGACUCAUUCACAAGUGGAGAGUCAAAUUCUGUGGAGGUUAACUUGGAGAGGGGUUGGUACCGUAACGUUGUUUACUUGGGAAAGGAGCAUGAUAUACCCAUACUCACAAUGACGUGUUCAAAUUCUGAAAUUGAGGGCUUUAAAUCCGGAGAGCUUCCGUUGCGAGCUCCGUCAGAGAGGUAUGCCAAGACAUUGGUAAGGGGUCUGGUAGAAGGAAAACAGCUUUCAGAAGCAGAGGCUAUGGCAUACAUACAGGAAGCUUCUACCAAGCCACUGUGAUUGCAAACCUCUUAUUCUUGUAUAUACAUCUAUUUAACACAUUAUUGCAGCAAUUAUUUGUCAAUAUUAUUCUUGGUUCUGAGUUCCGAAGGCAGAGCCUUUGGGGAAUGCAUUGCUUUAGGACGUGUGGUUGAUUCCUAGGAAACUUGUGGUGUGUUGAAUAUGUGAAUUUAAUGGGAUUCGAAUUGCUAUAAUUUUUGUCUCGAGUUUU